AUGUUAAAGGUAAAACUAUACCAAUUUAAAUUUGGGACAAUUGAUGAAUUAGAUAAAGGAGAAUGGACGCGCCGUCAGCAUGCUAUACGUAAUGCUUUCAAACAUGCUUGGAAUGGAUACGUGCGUGAUGCGUGGGGCUACGACGAAUAUCAUCCGAUUUCACGAAGUGGCACAAAUCUAUCGAAUCAUGGUAGCAUUGGAUAUACGAUAAUUGAUUCGUUAGACACGAUGAUUAUUAUGAAUUUGCACGAAGAAUAUAUACAAGCAAGAGAUUGGGUUGCCAAUAAGCUUGAUUUUAAUAUAGAUGCCGAUGUAUCACUUUUUGAAACCACUAUACGAGUAUUAGGUGGUUUGCUGAGUGCAUAUCAUUUAUCGGGCAAUGAUACUUUGUAUUUGACAAAAGCUAAAGAUCUUGGUGACAGAUUGUUUGGUGCUUUCGAUUCCCCGACAUAUAUUCCUUUUGCAUCUGUAAAUCUUGCAUCACAAAAGGGAAAACCGGCACAUUUUGCUGGAGGGGCUAGUUCAACUUCGGAAGCUGGGACUUUACAAUUAGAAUUUAAAUAUCUAAGCUAUUUAACUGACGAUGAUAAAUAUUGGCGAACUGUGGAAGAAGUAAUGUUUCAUAUAGAUGAUUUGGAUAAAUUUGAUGGUCUCGUGCCUAUUUUUAUAAGUCCAUCUACUGGUGAUUUUAUGGGACAGCAGAUUACAUUGGGUGCUCGUGGAGAUAGCUAUUAUGAAUAUCUUUUGAAGCAAUAUAUACAAACCGCUCGUACUGAACCUUUCUAUCGUCGCAUGUACGCUCAAGCCAUGCAAGGAGUGAAAAAUCGACUUAUAGCUCAUUCUUUUCCAAACAAAUUAUUAUACGUUGGUGAACUUGCACACCAUGCUAGCACUGAUAUUUUUCCAAAAAUGGAUCAUCUCGUUUGUUUUCUUGGUGGAACAUUGGCUCUUGGUGCUACAGGUGGUGUGAAGAUUAAGGAUUACUCGGAAUUAAGCGUUGAAGCACAAGAAGACUUAUCGAUUGCAAAGAGGUUGACAGAAACGUGUGUACAAAUGUAUUUCAGAACAGCUACUGGCCUAGCACCGGAAAUUACGUUUUUUGAAACAAAUGUAAAUGGAGUAGAUGAUAUGAUAAUUAAAGAUAGAGAUGCGCAUAAUUUAUUAAGACCAGAAACUGUCGAAAGUCUGUUCGUGCUUUGGCGUAUCACUGAUGAUAACAAAUAUAGAGAAUGGGGAUGGAGGAUUUUCAAAGCAUUCGAAAAAUACGCAAAAGUUGAUGGAGGAGGAUACAGCGCGCUUAAUGACGUGACUACAAUACCUCCAGGUAGACUUGAUAAAAUGGAAACGUUUUGGCUGGCGGAAACUUUAAAAUAUCUUUUUCUUCUCUUUGAAGAUCCCGAUUCGCAAUCUUUACCCCUCGAUAAAUACGUAUUUAAUACUGAAGCACAUCCUCUUCCCAUUUUUAAGCCUUCUAAAAAAAUUCGUGGAAAUGGAUGGGAUCGUAGUUAG